GUCUGUACGUAUCUAUUCAAGCCGGUCCCUCCAGUUCUGUUUCCGAGUGUACCUCCGUGUCUGGUCGUGAUGUGUAUGACUUACGCUUGCGAAUGUUCACGUGUAGAGGUUCUACUUAACUAGAGGCUCUUAACGUUCUUGGCCGCGGCCCCGGUACCUGAAAGCUUCACCGUACCACGCUUCUCCUGCAAACACAAAACUUUACGCCCAACUGCCUGUCGGCUUGUGUCAUUUUCGUUUUCGUUGUGUACUUUUGGAUUGCGAAGCCUUUCCCCGGUGCAGCCAACAUGCCUUCCGUCCGACACAACUACGUCCCUAUCGGGUCCGUCGACACAGAACUGGAGGACCUCACGAGAACCACGCCUGCAACAUCUAGCGCGUCGUUUGCUGGAAAAAGGAUACCAAAUCCUCUCGAUCUGGAGGAACAGCGCUUGCACCAAAACGCUGCGAGUCAUGGUGUGCUCCCAAACCCUUCGACGAUUGGCGCCGCAUCUGCAAAUGACUCCGAAGCUGCGCAACUGCUUUCCGCGCUAGACGACACGGAGCGGAAACAUGCGAGGAAGAAAUGGGUGAAAGGACUGAACUGGGUGUGGGACAAAAUUCACGCAGCCUUCUGGGUAUUCUUUACCUGCGCCAUGAUCUACUGGACGAACUUCUUCCGCGUCAUUUGGGAGUCCCCCCUGGUGCACCGCAGCUACCUGCUCAUGGGCUUUUCCUGUCUCGGGUUCAACAUGAGCCUGCUCUUCUACCUGGCGAUCGUACAUUUUUUUUGAUCUCCUGACGAUGUUUUCACUCGCGCUAGAUGUUGAUAUUUGUAUACUACGCCACAGAAGAUGAAAUUUAAUUGUACUAUGCGGCUUCUUGUAGUUGUUUUUAUAAAAAUGAAGAUAUCUUCGUUGGUAACCGGAUUCGAAUAUAUGCGAAGCAGAAAAGGCCCAAAAACCGAAAUACCGUCGGGCCUGCGCAGGCCGGCAGAACAUAACUUCUGAAAGAUUCUGCCAGAAGCAUGCGCAUUCAGGUGGGGGGAAGAGCUUGAGCAAGGCAUAAGAUUGCGACUCACAAAUGACCCAAAAACCGAAAUACAGUCGGGCCUGUGCAGACCGCCAGCAAGCAACUUGUAAUUUUUUCGUUCAGGAGAGUGAAGAUUCAGCUCGGGGGGGAACGUUGCUUGAGGCGAACAAAUGCGAAGAAGAAAAGGCCCAAAAACCGAAAUACCGUCGGGCCUGUGCAGGCCGGCAGAACAUAACUUCUGAAAGCUUCUGUCGGCAGCAUGCAGAUUCAGUUGGGGAAAAGAACUUGAGCAAGGCAAAAAAUUGCGACACAAAAAGGACCCAAAAACCGAAAUACCGUUGGGCCUGUGCAGACCGCCAGCAAGCAACUUGCGAGUCUUUCGCUCAAAAGAGUGAAGAUUCAGUUCGGGGGGGAACCUUUCUCGAGGCGAAUAAGUGCGAAGAAGAAAGGGCCCAAAAACCGAAAUACCGUCGCGCCUGUGCAGGCCGGCAGAACAUAACUUCUGAAAGAUUCUUCCAGAAGCAUGCAGAUUCAGGUGGGGGGAAGAGCUUGAGCAAGGCAUAAAGUUGCGAAACAAAAAUGGCCCAAAAACCGAAAUGCCAUCGGGCCUGUGCAGACCGCCAGCAAGCAACUUGCAAGUUUUUCGCUCAGGAGAGUGAAGAUUCAGGUCGGGGGGGAAAGUUGUUUGAGGCGAAUAAAUGGAAAGAAGAAAAGGCCAAAAAACCGAAAUACCGUCGGGCCUGUGCAGGCCGGCAGAACAUAACUUCUGAAAGAUUCUGUCGGAAGCAUGCAGAUUCAGAGCGGGGGAAGAACUUGAGCAAGGUAUCAAAUUGCAGCAAAAAAAUGACCCAAAAACCGAAAUACCGUCGGGCCUGUGCAGACCGCCAGCAAGCAAGUUGUAGGUCUUUCGCUCAAAAGAGUGAAGAUUCAGGUCGGGGGGGAAAGUUGCUUGAGGCGAACAAAUGCGAAGAAGAAAAGGCCCAAAAACCGAAGUAUCGUCGGGCCUGUGCAGGCCGGCAGAACAUAACUUCUGAAAGAUUCUGUCGGCAGCAUGCAGAUUCAGUUGGGGGAAAGAACUUGAGAAAGGCAUCAAAUUGCGACAAAAAAAUGACCCAAAAACCGAAAUACCGUCGGGCCUGUGCAGACCUCCAGCAAGCAACUUGCGAGUCUUUCGCUCAAAAGAGUGAAGAUUCAGGUCGGGGGGGAAAGUUGCUUGAGGCGAACAAAUGCGAAGAAGAAAAGGCCCAAAAACCGAAAUACCGUCGGGCCUGUGCAGGCCGGCAGCACACAACUCCUGAAAGAGUCUUUCGGAAGCAUGCAGAUUCUGAGCGGGGGAAGAACUUGAGCAAGGUAUCAAAUUGCAGCAAAAAAAUGACCCAAAAACCGAAAUACCGUCGGGCCUGUGCAGGAGACCGCCAGCAAGCAAGUUGUAGGUCUUUCGCUCAAAAGAGUGAGGAUUCAGUUCGGGGGGGCACCUUGCUCGAGGCGAAUAAGUGCGAAGAAGAAAGGGCCCAAAAACCGAAAUCCCGUCGGGCCUGUCCAGGCCGGCAGAACAUAACUUCUGAAAGAUUCUGUCAGAAGCAUGCAGAUUCAGGUGGGGGGAAGAGCUUGAGCAAGGCAUAAGUAUAUUUAUAAGACUGCGACACACAGAUGACCCAAAAACCGAAAUACCAUCGGGCCUGUACAGACCGCCAGCAAGCAACUCCAAUUCACUUCUAACACUAACUGUUAGACGUGAAUUUAUUGGAAAUCACGAUGAUUCUUCUGUUCCAGGUAUGCGACUUCUGGUGGAAAAUGGAUUCUGCCGCCGUGGAAAAACAUCUUCCGCAAGCAGCCCCCGCUAUGAUGGUUGCCGCAGUUUUGACCUUUUUCCUCUUCCUUGUCGCUCUGUACCCGGUUUUCGGGUUUUUCCUGACCGUUUCCCUCCAGUUUACCUUCUUCAUGGGUUUCGUCAACGCCGGACACUUCCUACCCUCCGGCGCCAUCGGGUCCGUGUGCAUGUUCGUGAUCUUCUUCGCGGCCUUUGCAACAAGCAUCUGGAUACCGCACGAAGGCCUGGCCCACUACGGAAGGUCUGCGGCAGCAUUAGCGGCUCGCGGGGAACAACUUGGCACAGACACGUCAGUACCAGCGGGACUAGCAUAGCAGGAACGCUUCGUGCGUAUAAUGGAACUAGUGCUGUUCGCUACAUGAUACAUGUGGUGCAUCAAAUUGAAUAUCGCAUGCUACAGAUGAUGAAGCGCGCUACGAAAAACUGACGAUCAUCACAUUUAUUAUCAAAGAAAAAUUCCAAACGCUGUGAGUAGAACUGUGAAGCACAGUCUGCGCAAACUGUUGUCGAUGGUGAUGUGUAUAUAAGCCCAC